AUGGAAGUCUGUGAAGCCCCAGUUAUCAAUGUAGCUGCCUUCCUCGAUAACACCGAGGAGAAGGAAGAGGAGUGCAAGAAGGUGCUCCAGUCCCUCAAAGAUUACGGAAUUCUCAUCAUGAAAGACCCCAGAAUUGACGAGAAAGAUAACGAAGAAUACAUUGACCUCCUAGAGAACUACUUCUUGUCUAGAGGGGAAAUGUUUUACAAUAAUGAGGAACUUAAGGAAGCAAGACCUGAUAUUCACUACCAGGUUGGAGUCACUCCUGAGAAUAUUGAGAAGGCAAGGAACCACUGCAAGAGAUUUGAGGAUUAUGAAGGCCCAAACAAGCCUCUUUCUGAGUGUCCUCCUGAGCAUGAUGCUAAGUGGAGAUAUUUCUGGCAUAUUGGAGAAAGGCCCGAAGAUAAGAAACAGCUUUACGAAAACAUUGUCCCAGGAGAUAUCUCAGAUUGGGAGCCAAAAAUGAACAAAUGGGGUAACAUGAUGAUCGAUGCAUGUACAGCUGCUGCUGAGAUGCUUGCUGUCGGUCUUGGAAUUGAUCAAGAUACUUUUUCAAGCAAGAUGAAAUUGGGACCCCACCUUCUUGCUCCCACAGGAAGUGACUUAACAAAGAAUGAUAAAGGAACUGUUUUUGCUGGAGUGCAUUAUGAUCUUAACUUCUUAACUAUCCAUGGAAAAUCUAGAUACCCAGGACUCUUCAUUUGGCUUAAGGAUGGAACAAAGAUGUCUGUCAAAGUUCCUGAUGGGUGCCUUCUUAUCCAAAGUGGGAUUCAAAUCGAGUGGCUCACCGGUGGAUUCAUUAAAGCUGGAUUCCACGAAGUUGUCUACACAGACGCAACAAAAGAGAGAGUUCAAAAGAAGAUUGAGGAACACCCAGACACUCCAGUUUGGAGAGUAUCAUCCACCCUCUUCUCCCAUAUUAGACACGACGUUUCCUUAGCCCCAUUAGAGUGACUUUCUGAGAAAUGGGAUGAAGGAGCCUUAGAGAAGUACUACGACAUUACUUCUGAAGAGAAGACAAUUGAAGAACUCAAAGCUAUUAGUUUACACACAGACACCACAGAAUAAACGCCUAUUCCUGAUAAGAUUUUUAGUCAA